AUGCCCGCAUUAAGAUUUAAAACUUGUCGUCUACUUGAAGGAAAUGUUUGGAACAGGAAACUUACAAUAAUACAACGCCGCAUUCUUCGAAGAUUGAGGAACAAGACGAGAUCUAUUAAGAGAAUGAUUUAUUCUCGAAAAAAUCUGAAUAGUUACAUCCAAUUACAAACUACACGAAAGUUGCCCCUUGAUUUGAAUUUUAUCUUUGUUAUCAGUACCUUUUUUUUUUUCAUUAGCUUUGGCGUUCCGGUUGCCUUUAGCGCCGGCGAGAGUCUUUCAGCCGUACCUUCCCAUUCGGAUUGGUUUACCUUUACCGAGGAUAUGCUGGAAGACUCAGCGAGUUCCGGGCGUAGUAGUAGUACCUCAGCGGUAAAUCAACCGCUUCCGGGGGAACAAGCUACGCCUCCCGCUCUUCCGGGAGCUCGGACUCCGCCCUACACCCCCUACCCCUAUGGCCCGGAGGAAGUGAUAGGAGGGGAUUCGGUCCGCUCUAUAGAGGGCCGCCUCCUGUCGGGCAAAACAGCGCCUUCGUCGCUAGAUAUAUAUCUAGCCCGGAUCAACGCCGAGGACCUAUUCGAGGUCAAGGUGGAUAUCAUCCGGGAGAUGGCGGGCCUGCAUCCAAGUGGCGAUUGGCUGGGGCGGGGGGCUCGAGCCCUCGAUAAUCCGAGGGGGAAGGAGUCCUUGGGGGAGCUCCUUCAAAUGCGUAGAGACCUACGGGCUAGGAAUUUGAAAUCCGAGACCUUCGGCCUAUUAAAGGAGAAGGUUUUCCUUAGGGAUACCCCCCCCUCAGAAGGCUCUUCCGCAUAG